AUGAAAUGGUGGUGGAAGUUGAGAACUGAACCACAUCAUCUUUGGGUAGAAGUCGUAUCAAGCCUGCAUAACCUUAAGUCGAAACCUGAUGAUAUCUACUCAAAGAAAACAUUAACUGGAGUGUGGAAUAACAUUGUUGGCAUAAGAAAGGCCCUUGUAAAAAAAGGUAUUCCUGUCAGUUCUGUGAUAUCUAAACAACCUACAACUAAUGGGGUAACUUGGAGAUGUGGAAUUACCUCGACGAGAACAUACAUGGUCCGUGAUCUUAGACAAAGAUGGGAUUACAAACCCCUUGUCGCUGAUGGCCAAUUUUGUUGGCUUAAGGAAGUCCCAUUGAAAGUCAAUUGUUUUAUUUGGAGGGCGAAAAUGGGAAGGAUAUCAGUCGCUUCGGAGCUAGCAAAGAUAGGGGUACUUCUAGAAGUUUUGACUUGCCCCAUGUGCAACGAAUCUGAAGAAGGUUCUGAUCAUGUUCUGGUGGAUUCCACUUAUGCUAGGAGUGUCUUGGAAGGGGUAUAA